AUGCUGUCCACUACUCUCAUGACAUUUCUUUUGUGGGUACGACGUGCUCCAUCCAAUGUUCAAUCGGUCGAACUGUUAGGAUCAUGGGACAAUUUUUCGCGCCCCUACCCGAUGGAACGGGAUAGGCGCAUGGGAUCCGGCCAUUGGCGAGGUUGCCAUACAUUUACCGACAUUAUACGUGACGGAACUUCCCCGAGUCAGUCUCCCGGCCGGACCGGAGGGUUGAAGAUGGGAGGGACUUAUUGGUAUUACUAUCGGCUAGAUGGAGAGAUCGAGUACUAUAACAGGGCCGAACCCGUCACCUCAUUAUGCCCGCUAUUACCUGGCCAACCCGUCAACAUCCUCAAUGUACCCAUCAUUCUUCCCGGCACAGACUACCUCCACCGACGUGAUAAUAGUACCAGCUCGACCAAGUCAGACCAGCGGACAAUGGAUCCCGAGGACAAAUAUAUGAACCCACGCACUCCGCCCAAGCCCAGACCAGGGCUUCCACGUUUGAAAACAUCCCCUCCGUUCUAUCAGCAAACAGUACCGUCAUCAUCUCUGCUCAAUCUCUCGAACUCUAAUGAGGAGAGGCCGCUUAUGUCUCAGCCAUCCAGUUCGACUCACAGCCCAAAGUUCCGACUUGUCCCAAGAGCUAAGGCUGAGAGGUCUGUGUCUCCUCCUCGCUCGAGAGGAUUAAGGGCAGCAUUUCUGAAUAUUGCGGGUGCUCGAUCACCUGGUGAUCGCGUGGACGACCGUGGUAUCAACCACCAUGAUCCUUAUCCUGCUGACCCCUUCGUGCCAUCGACUUCAACUUCCAACGCAAGUUCAAACUACAGUUCAAGCUUGACAUCUCCACUAAAUAGUCCGGUAGAGCUUGACGGUGUAGAAAUUGGAAGAUUGCCUUUCCGCCAUCCGCAAGUUGAUUCUGAGCAGCCUCUAGGCCCGCCCUCCAUCCGGGUUCGUCGAGCUUCAAAGUCGAGCCGGGAGAACACCCCUUUGGCUCUUUCUCUAGAAGGCCACUCUUCGUCGCGUGAGACGGGUAGAGCGGAAUUGUUAGCUUUCUCUAGCACUGCUCCACUCGAAACCCUUGACGAAGCAUUGUCGCAGCAGGCUACGCCAAUGGCAGUAAGCCCGAGGGAGCAAACCCAUGCUACGGCAGGCCAACUUACACCAGUUCUUCCAAAUUUAAGAGAAAAACGACUCCCGACGCUCCCGAAUUCACCAUCCUCGGUGUUGGACGCUGAAUUACGCGCUAUUGAAGCUCGAUACAAGCCAUUAGACAUGGACCUACUCUACAGCCACUUCUCGGAUGACACCUCUUUUGCGGCAUCAAAUAUCUACGAUUCUCCUCGAGAUCCGCCAGAAAAGAGCCGAUUUUCAGAAUGGAGCACUGACACGGAACUCGUUUCUCCUGCAUCGAUGACAUCUUCCUCUACCUUUAAUGUCGAUCAGCUCUCUAAUUCCUCGCCAUUUCUCGAUCAGCAAUUCCAGCAUGACACCAUGAACCAUACUUAUAAUGACUAUACGUUAGAUGCGCCCAUUCCUUCCAUCGCUAUCAGUGGCCCAACUACGCCUGUCCUCGGAAGCGAAGCAGAAAUAGCUCCAUCUCCAACGCAGGUAGACUCGGCCCACUCUCGUUUUUUAAUGUCUGCAAACUCUUCCUCUGCUGGUCAGUUGGGUUCGACAUAUAUGCGCGAAGAAAUUGAGUUUCCUUCACUACUCAUCGAAGACUUUGACGAAUUCUCUUUCCAUGAACCAGACCCCAAGCGACAGGGAGCUAUACUCCCUCUGAGCGCGGUCACUCCUUUGUCCGUUGGCGAUUCGUCCUACCCGUCGACGAGUCCUACUCCGAAGGAGACUCAAUUCAGAUUGUCUGAUGAUUAUAGCUCUCAGUCGGCAGCGAUGCAAGAGUUGAUGGAAGAGAUUGGCUAUCUUGGGGAGAUGAUUUCGUCUGGAUUAUAA